CGUGAGUGUUUCAGGUCCGAAAGCUGCACCACCUCCAGCAAGUCCACAACCUGUCGUGCAAGCAGUACCAACGCAACAGCCACAGGAAUAUGCGGAGAACGCGGGCGCACGGGGUGAAGCCCCUCAGGUAGUGUCGAGCGGUAAACAAAAGGCGAGCACCAAUUUCGGUACAACUGAUGACCAGACCGAAGAGCAAAGUAGGCCGAGUGCGCCACCCCGCAGCGCUUCAGGCUCACCUCCACCGAGCGCCAAUCGCGACCAGCCGCCUUCAACAUCUGGACGAUCCUCGCAAGGUCCAGAGGAAGGCAACGGCCCGUCAGGGUCAGCAGAGGAUCAACCUAAUCUUUCUUCGGGCACAACAUCAAGAGGUCGACCUCAAGAUGGGCAUGAUCCGUCUCGACGACAGCAUGCUCCUGAAGAGCAACAACAGGGACAAAGCGCGCCUGGUGGAACCACCAGCGCUGGCCCCCUGAAGAGCGGGAAUGCGGACGCCGCGCCCCCAGGAGCUGCAGGAAAUGUCAGGUCGGGACAGCGCGGGAGCGGAGGAUAUCCCGACCCAAGCGACGCACGAGGCCGAGCGCGUGCACAAAGCCCGCAAAGAGGACGACAAAUUGGGGGCAGUGUGUCCGACGAUGACGAGCUCCUAGAUGUCGCGGAAGAGGAGGAAUCGCAUCAAGUGGUUUUUGGAAUCGAGAACGUAGGCAACAGUUGCUACUGGAACGCGCUCAUUCAGGCUGUUUGGCGCUUGCCUGCCGUGCAAGCUGACCUCGAUUACAUAUGUUCAGAGGGACCAUUCGAGACCCUCAAGCUCACCUAUCCCCUGCUCAGUGCUGCCUGUAUCUUUCAAAAUUACUGGCUGCGAAGGCGGAGCCUCCAACGACGCGACCACAACCUCUCUGACGAUGAUCACCGCGAUUACGAUAACGAGUAGAUAAAUGUGGCAGUAGUAUUUAGCACGGUGGGCGAGGGCGUGCCAAUGACAGCCUUGUUUUUCACAUGUGUCUCUUAUUACAUCGACGAAACAAAUGCGCACGAUUUGCGAAUUUUUCACUAGAUAGAAUUUGUAUCACCACCUCUAGAGUAUGAUGUUAUCUUAUCCGCCACCAGUACACCACUGGACGCCUACGCUCCGCUUCGCCCCUGCUUUUUUCAUAAAACUCUGACGCGGGCAAUCAUCUAUUUUCGACAGCAGGCGGUUUUGGUGUCCGGUAACGACGACUGGGCCAACGGUGGACAACAAGAUGCGUCCGAGCUGUUUGAGCUGCUUUUCACGAUACACCUGGAACCUAUUGUAGUUAAGAUUCACCUAGAGCCUAUUGUACUUGAGGGUAUCACAAUACACCUGGGUAGAGCCUAUUGUCUAAAGUAAGUUUUAGAUGUUCCUGGUACCAUUUGUUUUGCCUCUCCUCUUCCUCAGAGAGAAGAACAUAUCACACGGGAAACAGCAGCACAGAAAACGCCUCUAAUGUAGGCCGUCGUAACUGGGAUGUGGCGCGUGUCGCGCAAAUCUACUCUGUCUUUCAGCCGGACAUGGAUGGGCCUAGCUCUUAUGCAUCAUUGAAUUUUCAUUGUCUAGUAUGUUGUCACAUUUCUUUUUAUUCUUUGCAUACACAACGAGAACAAGGUCGUCGCUUUUCUCUGGAGGAUAGACAACGUAAAAUUGAAGUCCGUUCUAGUAUGUAAUUAAGUAUAUGCUUAUGCAGAAAGUGUAACCCAUGAAAUAAACAUGUGAUCGGAAAGAGAACGGCUAAGAGAUUUCUCCUUCUAAGAUAUGGCACCUGCACUUUUUGCAGGCACACCGACGACCGGUUUCUUGGAUCGUGCCGGCGGAACCACGACAGGAAAUACAGAAGAAGAUCAAGAUGGGCGCACUAGCAUUGAUGUCCUCCUGGAAAGGGAGUGCCGCGUCGUUUCCGUGGACGAAUGCUCGGUCCUGACGCUGCCGCUGGAAGGCCUGCAUCCGACGAGGAGCGAUACCCGUGGAAUUGUCGUGCCCAGGUCGCAGCCGCUCAGUUUCAUCGGCCUGUUCCGCGAAUACUUCACAAAGCGUGAGCACAUUCUCGGCGGCAACCCCUUAACCUGGCCUACCCCUCAGAUCGCAAAGCGGUGCAACCGCAAAGACGAAGUGGUCGACCCGAAUACGGGUAUCAAGAAAACGGUGUAUCCCUUCUGGAAGCAAGAGAAGCUGCAGAAGCCACCGCCGCGCGUCCUCGUCGUGCGGCUCGGGCGGUUCCGCUACCACAUCGAACAGCGCAGUGAUGGAUCAGUCACACAACGUUAAGGCCCAUAAUGAGUGUCCAUAAUUCCAUUGCAUCCGCAUUCAAUCGCAUAUCUCACUCACACGCAACACGAGUCGAUGUGUCAGUGCUAAGGAGAACGAGAAGAAAAAGUGCAACUACAAGACGCCUAACCCUAAUCUACUAAAUACUAAUUUUUGAUAUUCACGUCAGACAAUCUUCCACCUCCUCUAUUUUUCUUUUAGAAUUUUGAAGAGAUGAAUCUACUUGUUCUGAAAGUAGUGGCGAGCAGCGUAGUACUUCGCUUCUGCAAAUUUCAAGUUCUUUGUGUGCUGCAGAUGAACAAUUAGCAUGAGGUGCUCUAACAACGCGUAGACAAGAUAGCCACUCAAGUGAGUCUGCCGGAACGAUUUUGCAUCGGAGCAGACAACUACCAUACAACUUCUGCCAGCUCAAACGCGACCGCUGCUGCUGCUGCAGCGAGUCAAUUAAGGGCUCUUUCCACAUUUAGUUACAUGCUUCAUUCACAUCCUCGACCUUUUUGCAAGGGCGAAACUUAGGUCAAAGUAAGACGUAGCUCUGACAUAGAAUGUAAUGUGACUACAACCUUUAAGUCAAGAUCUACCCGUUGUGCCACGAGCGCAGCAGCACAGUUCAACAGCCAGUAACUGCUACCAGCUUUCUUCGGUAGUGCUGCACGACGGUCCUGGGCCACACGCUGGCCACUAUCGAACGAUUGCGCGCGUCAAGGGCUCAUGUUAA